GUUGUCUCUUCUCUCUCCCAUUUCCCUUGUAAAAACAAAACAUCAUCGAUUCCUUCUAAAGAAAUAACCCACGGAAGAUGGCUACUUUGGCGGCGGUUGCAGCUCGUAGAGCAGCUACUCUAGCUCGAACACCCCUUCCAUCUCAACCCGCUUCUCUCAUUCCUCGCCGUGGUCUUGCCGGCGCCGCAGAUCACCAUGGACCUCCAAAGGUUAAUUUUUGGCAAGACCCAAUGAGCCCAUCUAAAUGGAAGGAAGAACAUUUUGUUAUCGUCUCUUUAACUGGUUGGGGUCUGCUUUUCUUUAGUGGAUACAAGUUCUUCACUAAAGGCAAAGGCAAAAAGGAAGAGAACGCGGUGGAAACAACACACUAACGAGGUUGGAGUUUUUAUUUUAUUUUUAUAAGAUUUCAAGUAAUAAUGUAUGGGUGGAACUUUCAUGUCCUUGGGAUGUUUUUGUUGGCAAAUUAUUCAGUUUUCUUGUUCAUCAUUUCUUUUAUGACCAUUUAGUAAAACUUGGAGGUCCGUUGUACCUGUUUCUGUGGGCAUAGGAUGUAACAGUUUCUUGAAACUCAAAAUCCGUCUGUUGAUGGAUUUGAAAAGUUAAUAAUGAAGUAUGCUUUUGUGCA